AUGGGUAUUACGAGUAAGAGAUCAAUAAGUUUGCCUAUUAAUAAUGGAGAGUACUUUGGUAGUGAACAAUUUUCUAAUAAUAGUGUAAUUUGGGAAGAGAAAUAUGAAAAAACAAGAGAAUUGUUGAGAAGUUAUAAUUUAUUUUCAGAUCAUUUAAUAAAUUCUAGUGUUGAUUUUUAUUUUAAUAAAUUAGGUUUUAAUAAGUGUCAUUUUGAAGAAACAAGUUCUAAGAUGAUAAGUAAAGUGGUUGUAUGUAUAAUAACCGCAAAAAUUAAUGAGGAAUAUUCAAGUGAUAAUUAUUUUCCAAUAUUUGAAGAAAAGUAUGAUAAUGUAAUUUAUAUAAUUAGUAGAGUGUAUGCUGAUGAUAAUAAAACACGAUUAAAUUAUAAAAUGGAGAAGAAAAUAGAAGAAAAAUAUUUUAAUUUUAGUGAUAUGUCAAAAGAUUGUUAUAGAUUAAAAAGUUUUAGGUCAGUUCACUCAGUGUUUGAUAAAGAGCACACUUGUCAAGGGCCAUUAAGAACAUAUAUAUUAGAAUUACCAAGUUAUAAUGAUGAUAUAAUAAGUGAAAAUGAAACAGAUUUAAGUAAGUUAAUGGAUACAAAUUUUUACAAUUAUAUAAAAGGUACCAAAAGUGAACAAAUAUAUUAUGAACUAAAUAAAGCAGUACUAAAUGAUUUAACUGGACAACUUAUACAAACACAUUAUUGCGAAACAUCAGAAAACACCUUUACAUUAAAUAUUGCUGUAAAAAGGUGUAACGUAAUAUCAUCUAUUUUUUCUUUAGUUGGAGAUUGUUUAAAUAUGCAUAGAUGUUUUUCUUAUUCAAAGUAUGUUGAACCAUUAAAGAAUGGAGUUUUAAUAAUUAUAUUAAAUGUUAAUGUAAUUACAUAUACAGAAGAAGAAAAAAAAAGUUUAAAUAUUAAAGCAAAAAUUCAUAAAAUUGUGAAAUCAUUAAAAACUCUUUGCUUAUUUCGUGAUCCUCAAUUUAUUCAAUUAUCAGUUAAAAGAGUUUUCACUGCUGAAGAGUGUGCAUAUAUUUAUAUUAUUAUAAAUUUUAUUACUUUUUUUUCAACUAAUUCAUACGCUAGUUAUAAAAACGUAGAAAAUGCAUUGCAUUUAAAAGGUGAUAAUAAUAUUUCUAUUUUAAAUGAUUUUUAUAUCAUUAAAGAAAAAUUAAAAAGUUCUAAAUAUACUAAGGACGAAAUUUUAAAAUGUGCUCAAUGUAACUCUAAGACUAUAAAAUUGUUAUUUGCCAAUUUUGAAAGAAAGUUUUGCAGAAACAAAAAAAUGGAAGAUAAAUCAGAAUGUAAAAAUUAUAAAAAUAGUAAGGAUAUUAUCGACGAAAUUGAAGAUAAUCAUCAUAAAAAAAUUUUACAAUAUUUUUAUAUGUUUGAAAAAUAUUCAGUAAAAACUAACUUUUUUUUAACACAUAAAAUAAGUUUUGCUAUAUCUUUUGACGGGUCAUUACUAAGAGAAUCUAUUUAUGAAGCAGAACCAUAUUCUAUUAUCAUGAUUUUAGGGUUAAAUUUUGUUGGAUUUCAUAUAAGAUUUAGCAAAAUAUCUAGAGGAGGAAUAAGAAUAGUUAUAUCAAAUAAUACAAAUUCCUAUAUGCAUAACUUUGAUAACUUAUUUGAUGAAGCUUAUAAUUUAGCAUAUACUCAAAAUUUCAAAAACAAGGAUAUUCCUGAAGGAGGCAGUAAAGGAAUCAUUUUACUAAAAUCUGAUGUUUCCAAUAAUGUAAAUACAAGAUAUAUAAAAAAUUUAUGUUUUUAUUCUUAUGUUAAUUCUUUAUUGGACUUGUUGAUUAACAAAGAAGAUGAAAAUGAUUCUUCAUUUUCAUUUGAUUCAGUCAAUGAAAUAAUUGAUUUACAAUAUACAAAAAUGAAUGGAAUACGCAAAAUGGAUCAAAGUAAAGAAAAAUGUAACACCAUACAAGAUAAUUAUAAAGAUAAUAACUAUAUCAACGAAAUAACAACAGAUGUACAUCAAAAAGUUAGUUCAGAAAUAAAUAACAACAAAAAUUAUUCAAACAAUAUUACUGAAGAAAAUAAAAAGGAACACAUUUUAGAAAAUGUAAAUGAAGAUCUUAUCUUUUUAGGGCCAGAUGAAAAUACAGGAUCUGAUCAACUAAUGGAUUGGGCAGCUAUAAUGGCUAGGAAGAGAAAAUAUAAAUAUUGGAAAACAUUUUCAACAGGAAAAUUAAGAAAAAAUGGAGGAGUUCCACAUGACUUUUAUGGUAUGACAACAUUAGGUAUAGAAACAUAUAUUAGAAUGUUAUGUGAAAAAUUAAAUUUAAAAGAAGAAGAUAUAUGCAGAUCAGUAGUUGGUGGACCUGAUGGAGAUUUAGGUAGUAAUAGCAUUUUACAAUCCAAAACGAAAAUUAUAUCCAUUAUUGAUGGUUCUGGUGUAUUAUAUGAUAAAAAUGGAUUAAAUAAAAGCGAAUUAAUAAGAUUAGCUAAAAGAAGAAACUAUACAAAAAAAAAAUUAAACACUUCAUGUUUACUAUAUAAGGACAAAUACUUAUCUAAAGAUGGUUUUAAAAUAUCAAUUGAAGAUCAUAAUGUAGAGAUAUUUGGAAAAAUAAUUAAAAGUGGAUUAGAUUUCCGUAAUAAUUUUUUCUUAAAUCCAUUAAAUAAAUGUGAUUUAUUUAACCCUUGUGGUGGUAGACCACAUUCUAUUAAUAUAUUUAAUGUUAAUAAUAUUAUUAAAGAUGAUGUUUGUAUCUACAAAUAUAUAGUAGAAGGAGCAAAUGUUUUUAUUUCUGAUGAUGCUAGGAACAUUUUAGAAAAUAAGAAUGUUAUUUUAUUUAAAGAUUCUUCAACCAAUAAAGGAGGUGUGAUAUCAAGUAGUUUAGAAGUUUUAGCAGGAUUGGUAUUAGAUGAUCAACAGUAUAUUAAAUUAAUGUGUUCUCCAGACAAUGACAUACUAUUAGUAGAGGAAAAUGAAUUAACUUUUAUAAACCAAAAUCAAAAAAAAAAUCAUUUACCAUCAUUUAAUAGAUAUACUCUUAAUAAUAAUACUGAGAAUAUUAAUCAAGAACCUCAAAGUGAAGAUGAUAUUCUUUCAAAUGACGAUGAAGAUGAACAAAUUUCUUCUUUUUAUAAAGAAUAUGUCAAAGAAAUUCAAAAUAAAAUUAGACAUUAUUGUGAAUUAGAAUUCGAAUCCUUAUGGACUGAAACCAGAAGAACAAAAAUUCCUAUUUCCCAGGCUACCAAUAUUUUAUCAAAAAAAAUUAGCGAGUUAAAAAAGGAUAUUUUAGAAUCCAAUUCUCUAUGUAACGAUUAUAAAUUAUUAAAAAAAGUUUUACAAGAUGUUAUUCCAUCAACAUUAUUAAAACUUGUAACUUUUGAUCAAAUUCUUGAAAGGGUACCGCAUGUUUAUAUAAGAUCUUUAUUUGCUUCUUCAUUGGCAUCCAGCUAUUAUUAUUCACAACAAUUCUUAAAUGAUUUAUCUGCUUUUGUUUUUUUUGAAUAUAUUCAAAAAUUACGAAGCCUUAGUUAA